CGGACCAACAAGUAAUGUGACGAUUUAAAACAGACAAGAAGGCGAUCCAGAGGCUAUGCAUCUGGUAGUGUUACAGUUCUUGGCUGGGUUCUUUGGAGCUCUAACUUCAAUGUUUUUGUUGGGGUCUCUUGGGUCUGAUUACUGGCUUUUGGUAUCUGAAUCCUGUGCCAAAGAUGAUGCGACUGUUUUCAGACUAUGGAGAGUCACAGAGACUAUGCAGGAUAUACAACCAGAUGGAAGUCACCAGUCUGAGAAUACCCUUUUGUUCUAUCAUGAAGGUCUCUUUUGGAGAUGUUCUUACCAGAAGACUUCAGACGGAGAGCAGGAAAGCAUGUUGGCUUUUUGGAUAACCAAUCAGCCCUCCCAGAAGGUUUGCAUACCAGGCUACCUGUCCCAUGCUCCUGUCUCUGAUUUUAACAAUAACCCUUCAACUUCAAAUUAUGCCACAGUGCAAAGGGCAUUUUGGUGUGUCAUUUUUGUGAUGGGAGCCACGUCUGUGUUGAUUGGAGGAUUUGUCACUAUCUGUGCAUCCACAAGGACCAGCCAUCGCCUGUAUGAAGCUGCAGGGGCUCUCUUUAUUACCGGGGGUGUCUUAAUUCUGUUUGUAGUGCUGAUGUUUGCUGUGUGGAUGCAGGUGUCAGAUUCUUUAGAGAGGUACGGCCUCCAGCGCAGGCGGUUAGUGUGUUCCAGUCUGCAGCUCAGUGUGCACUAUGGUCCAUCCUUCAUGCUGGCUACCACCACUGCUGUCCUCAGCCUUCUGACUGGACUGUUCCUUCUGCUCAUUUCAUCCGUUAGCAGGGCAUCAUAUAGGAUCACGGAGAAGAUGAUGUGCUCACUACGAGAGGAAUGUGUGUAGUACUAUUGUGUUAAAACAGGAGAAAGUCUUUUUGUCGCAAUGUCCAAAUGAAUUGUGUUGCAUUUACCACUGUUUAAAUAAAAAACGUUUAGUUUCAGUUAAAGCUCAUUAAAAAGGCAAAAUACUUUUAUGCUUAUCUAAGCACUUUGUACAUGAUCUGAAUCAGACUUUCUGUUCUAAGUGAGACAGGACAUCCUUGGUACCCCAUAUCACUAUCCUAGCUCGCAUAGUUAGGAGGAUACAGAAGAACUAAAUACAUGUUUAUACUAGCAGUGUUUAUAAAAAAGCUACAAUUAGGACAUUUUACAACAGUAUACAUUUGUUUUUCUCACAGCCUUCUAAUAUGCAGACUAUGAAGGUUGUGUAGGGCCCCUGGACCACCAUGGGCCCCCUUGAAUACCGAAUCAAAAUCACUUUUGUAAACAAUACACUUUUUUAUUACUUGCGGAUUCAACUUUAGAGCAAUCAUUUGGGAAUGUGAUACUUCAUUUAUUUAAUCAAUGUUACAUAUUCAGAUAUAAUGCAGUGGAUGGCAGGUCGCCACAUGACAUGCACAUGAUGUGCUGAUAUGCGUCUUUACAUAUGACCAUGGCUUUAAAAUGGAGCUAUCCGUCUGGGGGGAGAAAAAAAUGGCAACAACUCAAAGCAAAAG